AUACAUUUAAUUAUACGACGAGAGCUAGAAUGAAGUACGGUAAUUAAUUAAACAUUUCUGAAUUGCUUCAACAUAAAAUAAGUUUUCAAAUAAAAAUGACAACACCCGCUGUAAAAAUGGUUGUCGCGUAUGUGACAGCUCCGAGUAAGGAAGUUGCAAUGACUGUGGCAAGAACAACUGUCACUGAAGCAUUAGCCGCUUGCGCCAAUGUUAUUCCGGAAGUCACAUCUGUAUACAAAUGGCAAGGAAAAAUUGAAGAAGAUCAAGAGCAUGUCGUGAUCUUGAAAACUGUAGAAAGCAAAGUCGAAGAGCUAUCAGCUCGUGUUCGAUCUCUUCAUCCGGCUGAAACUCCGUGCUUCUUCACACUGGCCAUUGACAAAAUAACUCCCGAUUUUGGAGGAUGGAUUGUGGAUUCUACGAAUUCUUCAACUGCGAAACAUUGAAACUUAAAACUUUAUUCAUAUUUAUUUCUACCAACUAAACAUUAAAUCAACGGGAACUGAUAAAUACAUACAAACAGAUUUGGCUAAGGAAAAAAACAUCGUAAUAAGAAAAAAUGCUCCGAAAAUUUGAAGAUUCCAAAAUAACGAUUUGAGCAUGCUUUUUUGGGGAUUGUCUUGAAAGCUUCAAAUUUUUUUUUCGAGCGAUUCUGAUGUG